UUUAGCAGUAUGAGCGCACUCAGCGGGAGUUUGAACCGUUUUGUGCUAAGUGCCACGACCUCGCUUAGAGCUGGCUUCACGUCGCAGGAUUCAGAUCCGACAUCGUGGGACAAAACGCAACGGUCCCAGUCAAUCCUCUCAGCAACGCUAACCGGGUCAUCCUGACUUUGGCGUGCCAUGACACGACCGGUCGACGCGAGGGGCGUCGAGGAGAGGGGAGGGACGCUUCCAUCGAGUCCGAUUACGCAACGCCCCGUUUGCAGCAAGCAACCGACCCUCGAUCCCCGAUCCCGGCCGUUCCUUAGACUCCGCGGGUGGUAGCAAUGUGCGCACGCUUGUCUUUGAGUUGACUCAAAAGCAGGCCGCUCCAUAAAAUCCAAGGGUAGUAGUAGUACGCUCGCGCUUGCCGCAACGGACGCCCGUAGCGGUUGCCGAGCCGCAUGAUGCCGCCGCGAUUGCUUGCACGAGCCGUGUUCUGCGAAAACUGGCUUAACCGUUGGAUGGGGGAGAACUCCCUCGCCGCAACCGAAGGGAGCCUUGUUCCUCGCUAGGGAGUGCCCCCUCCGGCGAGCAAUGCCCUUUUGAUAUACUCUUUCCGUCUCUCCGUCCCCCUUCACGCGGGUCGCCAGACUUUCGUCGCUCGCUCGCCCGCUCCCUCGCUCGCCAUGGGCUCGCCGCUGUCGCCCUGCGACUGUGCGAUCGGCGUGCGACCCAGCGCGAUUGAGGCGGUUGAAGAGGUUGACUCCCCGUGCGAGCUGCCAAUCGGGAGGGUGCACGCGUCGCCCACCCGCCCGCUGCCAGCAACGGCAAUGGCAACGGCAGGGAGAGAGAUCCGCCUAAGUCUGGGUGUGCGUCGACUGAAAGCUAUUAAAGCAACCGACUCAGGCCACCUGAAAGAUCAUCCGAGUCUUGCUCUCUUCAACCCACAAGCACCUCCGGGGUCUCACCCCUCCCGGCUGAAUUGAGCCAGCAAUCAGCGUCGGCAACUUCUAAGGUAGUCACUGCUUGGCCAGCGACUGCAAGCUCCAAGGCUCCACUCCAUAAGACCAGGCGUAAGCCUCUCCUUUGAGAGGUUUUUUUUUUUCCCUCCCCUCAGUAGGACGACCAGGCUAUCGGUCGCCAUGGCGCGCCAAUCCUCUCUCGUGUUCUCGCUGCUCGCGCUUCUCCUCGCAUGCGCGCUCCUUGCGCCCUCCGCCUCCGCCAGCCGCCACCUGGCGGAAGAUGACGACUACGUCGAGCCCGUGGCGGACGAAAAUGCGGUUCCGGAGGCCUCGGGCGGCUUUGGCGGAAACGCCGGCGCGGACGCUGGCGGAGGCGCAAGGGGACUCUCCUUUCCGCCGAACUUCCCCGGCGCAGCAGGCGGCGCAGCUAGCGGCGGAGCUGGGGGCGCGGCUGGGGGCGCAGCUGGGGGCGCAGCCCCAGGGUUCCCGGGAAGCGACAACGGCACCGGCACCGGCAACGGCAACGGCAAUUCCACCGACGACUCGUCAGACGACGACGAAGAGCUGGUUGACACGCCCAUCAGCCCGCUCUUCGACCUGGCGCUCGAGGGCGCGGAUAUGGAGUUCGCUCAGAAGCUCAAUCCCUCUCCCCUCCCCGCGGACGCGCCCUUGGAGGUGAAGCAGUUCCUCGCGGCGCAGGUGCAGCCGGGGCAGGUGGAGGCCGACCCCGGGCGCAAGCUGGCUGCUGCUGUUGAGAAGAAGCCGAACAACACGACGCCGUUUGGAUUCUACCCCUAUGACUCUCCCAAGUACCACAAGGUGUUUGGAAUAGCGGUGAAGAACGUUAAGAAGAACUUCUGGUACACGUGGGUGAACAAGCAGAACUACUGGUACGGCGCCGACGACUGGGCCACUGGCUACUGGACCUGCCGUUUCACCGCCCCUCACCCGCUGCACGGCUUUAACUGCACCAAGGAUGAAACGUGCCCUGGGUGCGACCGCUGCCGCGGGUGGAAGUGCUUCCGCAACAUGCACCUGCCCACCUACGGCUCCUCUAACGGCCAAGCCUACGCGAUCAACAUUAUGACUGCCGCGUCCCGCCCGAAGAACUAUGGUGUGUGCCGCAAUGCUGGGGAGCCCACUGACAAGGGGUGUGGCAUGGAUAAAUCUGCCGGCGGGGGCUUCGGCGUCUUCCUCCCCUAGACCCUGUUGCCGGAUGGCGUCGGCGACUGGCGUGUUUUGUCUCUUGUGGGGGACAGGGGUAAAGGGGCAUUGGGGUCCUGGGUAGGGGCCGGAGGGAUGAUGAGGAGAGGUGGAGGAGAGGGGUAGGUUGAUACGGUUCAAGAGUUAGGGAAUGGAGGGUCGCUUGAUACGGUGACGAUUGGGGGAGGGGUUUGUGGUGCUGUGAGUGCCUUAGCAAGCCUGGUUCUUGCUCCAAGCAGCAUGCCUGUCUCUUUGCUUUUCUGUGUGAUCGGGAUCAUUACAGAGGGCAUGCGGAUUGUAGUGAGACCUGCUUGUAACCCACUCAUUUGAAUAAAAGGACUGGAUUUCUUACUCCUUGUUUGUCAGCUAACUACCGUUCUGCUGUUCCUUUUGCAACAAAGGCAAUACUAGCCAGGGUGGGUGGGUGGUGGGAAGUGGCCUAAACACCAACAAUGCCCCCCUUGAGUAAUGGUUGCAGGCCUUUCCCCUUUUAGAACGACGUUUAUGAAUGUAGACAAUGACUAACUAUU